AGCCCAGAAUGAUGAUGUCAAGGCGGGUCACACUUGAAAUGAAAAGUAAAAGUAUUUUCCUCCUGGGCAUCAUCAUUUCAGGACAAAUGGUCAGGGACUACACAGCGAAGCUACAUGUAAAUGUGCUAAGGUUGAGCUGGUCAUUUCAGAUUACAGGAGUGCUCAGAUAUACUGAAGACAGCAGAUGGAUGUCUCUAAUAAUGAAGACAAAAAAGGAACUGUGGAGCCUCAUGAUGCUGUUUCUAAAAUCAGUAUCUGUGCCCAGAAUGGAAGCAUUAUUUCAGCACCUGUGAUACAGAACUCAACAGUCACUGGAAAUAUUAACAUUGCUCUUAAUUACUUCCCAGGACCUGAAUCUGAAGUCACAGAUACAAGCACAUUGAUCACCGAAUACAAGAAGUCUGUGCUGUCCAACUAUGUCUACAUUACAGAAUACACCUCCCGUGCCGGUGAACAGGUGCUGCUAAAUGACCGCUACACUGAACCGCUGAUUAUUCAGAAACACAGAGAAAAGAAAGAGCGAGAGAAUGAGACGCGCUACAGAGGGGAAAGAUUCUUCAGCACCAGAGAAACAAACCAAAGAAACCAAAACAUCAGGCUUGAUCAGCUUUUCGGCCCAGAGAAUGGCUCCAAAAUAUUGACUGGAAAAGCUGUCAUUCUCCAAGGUGAUUCUGGAAGUGGGAAAUCAAUCACUGCGCAAAAGAUCAUUCUGGAUUGGGCCUCUGGAGAGCUCUACGCUGGACUCUUUGAUGUAGUGUUUCAUCUGAGAUGCAAAGAGCUCAACGGGCUCUCUGGUGAGGUGAGCCUGCUGGAUCUCCUGAACUGUAGUUUAGCUCCAGAAGAGAUUGGUCAGAUCUUAAAAGACAUACCACAGAGGAUCUUGUUCAUCAUUGAUGGUUUUGAUGAACUCGUGCUUCCAGGAACCGAAGAGUUACUACCUCCAAAACCAGACAUCAAAUCCCAUUCACAGGCCAUUGUUUGCUCUCUUCUGAAAGGACGUAUGAUGAGAGAGUCCUUCUUGCUAGUUACUACGAGAUCCACCUCUGUAGACAAACUGGAGAACGUUCUGAAAAAGCCACAGUGCUUUGUGGAGAUCAUGGGAUUUUCAGAAAAAGGAGUGGGUGAAUACUUACGAAAGUUCUUUGAAGAUGAAGAGUUUUCAAGUCAAGUGUAUGAGCAGAUGAAGAUACAUGAGAUGCUCUACACCGCUUGCUUCGUCCCUGUCAUCUGCUGGAUCGUCUGCACAAUAUUCAAGAGAAAAGGGAAGAAUGGUGUUGCAACUAGCGUGUUGACGACAACCACAUCCAUAUUUGUUGAUAUUGUGCUCACACUCUUGAAACAUCACAGCAGUUUGAAUCCGCAUGACGAGCUCAACCUCCUCAAGAACCUGGGUCAGCUUGCAGAGAGUGGAACGCCAAAACGCCAAGUCCUUUUUUCCAGAAACAAUCUUCCAAAGGCGAUCUCAGAUUUACCAAACAUUCCCUUCCUGUGCAAAUUUCACCAGCAAGAGAGAAUUUAUAUUAAGGAGAUGUUUAGGUUCUUGGACCUCCACUUUCAGGAGUUCUUCACCGCUCUCUUCUACAUGUUAACAGACAAGGUAGAGGCGAAAAUAAAAGUCAGGGAGCUACUGGAAUCAGUAGGCUAUGGGAGGCACAAUAUGCAACUCUUACCUGUAAUAAGGUUCCUUUUUGGUCUCUCGAACAAGAAAGUGAGCCGUUUAAUCCCAGGGGAACAUACAAAGUCAACAUCUACCAUUAUUCGCGCAGAGCUGGAGAUAUGGAUCAGCAAAGUUAUAGAGAAGAACAUCAUGGAUUCAUUUUACAUGAGUGAUUUCAUUCUUCAUUGUCUGUAUGAGCUGAAUGAUAGGAACAUACUGAAGAAAGUCAUGAAGCUGUGGGAACGCUCAGGCAUUAACAUCCACUGGUCUUUGAAGGAGGUCGACUCUCAUGUCGUGAUGUACUGUCUCCAGUAUUCUUCACGCAUUAUGACUAUGGAAGUCAAAAGCAAUGCGAAAGAUCUAAAGAUGCUUCACCCUGUGCUUUGUAGGUGUACAAAUUUAUGUUUGGAUUUUGAUUCAAUAUCUGACGGUGAUGUUGACCUCCUGACAUCAGCCUUGGGGAGAAGAAAGAACGUGGGCUAUUUGACUAUGGAGGAUGGAGCCCUGUCAGAUGAAAGUGUGCAGAAGAUCCUGGAAACCCUCAGUGGACAAACAUCAGUGGGUAACAUUCGGCUGGUGAUGAGGAACAUCAGCAACGCCAGUGUCGAUUUAACCAUGAACUUUCUUGUUAAACAGUUGACGGAAAGAAAGUUCAGUUUAUGUAUUGCCAGUCAAGCAGAAAACAUGGACAAGAGUCUUUGCUCAGAGUUCACUAUUGAAAGAAAAAACGAUUCCUUCUGGUUUACUGUUGGGCACUAUAACGGGCAUCAGGGUGAAAUCUCAGGAGAACCUGGUCUUUGUUAUUAUCAGGGUUUUUCAAAAAUAUCCUUUGGUCUUUGUCCUUUCUGUGCAAUACCCAUGACUGACUUACUCAAGACAUCUCAAAACCUCAGAAGCUUCUCAGACAUGAAAAACACUGAGUUUGAUGUGAAUGUGGAUGCACUGCUGUCUUUCCUAAGUAAUGUUCCUGGUUUAACUGAGGUGGACAUACAAGCUGAGUACCUCACAGAUAUUUGGACUUCUAAGAUUCUGUCCUACCUUCAAGUCAAUCCAAAGAUUCCUCACAUAAAGUUUCAUUUGAGCAAUCUCAUGAUUAGUGAUGAGGAAAGGGUUUGUUCAACAUUUUCGGUCUCUAGAAAGCCAUUUGAAGAGUUCGAGAUGCACGACAGUGAAGAGAAAAAUCCAUCAUUGAUUCUUGCAAUGGACAGAUCUGGUAGCAAUGGAGAGUCGGUACAUCCACAUCGACUGGACAAACCGGCACUGGUGAAGCUCAUUCUCAGUUUCCCUCCUCUUAAAGGAUCUAGUGCCAGUUAUGAGGUUCUUUUCAAAAGGCUUUACCAACUCAUUCAGUUGACAGAACAAUGCCCAGAGCUGGAUGAGCAUAUGGAUUCUCUGCUGCUAUUCCUUCACUCUGUUCCCGGUCUGAAGGAAGUAAAAGUUUGGCUAAACAACCUGAUUGAGAGCUGGGCGGCUGGUCUGUUCGCCCUCUUCCUGUCUUGUUCUAGCUUACUUCACUUGCAAUUGAAAACCAGUAUGUCUCUUGUUAGUGAUGUGGAGAGUCUGGGUAUAAUGAGAGAUGAUGGAGUGAGGGCUCAGUCUGCAGGAGAGAUAUCAGAUGACAGUGAUGAAGAUGGCGUGUCCCCUCCUCUCAAUGACUGCAGCGAUGAAAUCAAAGUGAUUCUUAUGAACUGGACAGCGUGGAGCAUGUUGUCUGCUCAGAUAUCAGGAUGUGGAGGAGAUUAUCAGGGCAAUGCAGGGUGUCUUUGAAGUGCACCAGCUCCAGUCCCAGGACAAAGUCGCUGUUCUCAGAGAUAGAGCUCAUCCUGUCUGAAAACUCAGAAAAAACUAGCAGUGACUGGAAAAACUUUCUAAAAGCAUAUAUCCAAUGCAAAGGGAUCUCUAUAA